AUGGUAUCGCUCUGUGGCACGUUCCUCGUGCCGUAUCUCGUCACUCGAGCGGUGCCCUUCAAUCUAGAUGAAUUCUACUUAUGGUCUAUCAUACACCUUCUUAUCGAGUCGUUCAUUGUCCUGGCUGCACAGGUAUACGUUUUCUUCUACGAAUGUGCAAGAGUCGACGAUGAAAGCACACCGGAGAUGUGGCUAAAGGCGCUGAAGACCAACCUCGACUCUGGCCCGCAAGGGCUUAGUCUCUUUACACCUCGUUCACCGCGUCGGGAGCAACACAUUCAGAAGGACAAAGAACGUUUUGUAUGGGCUCUGCAUCACCAAGGCCAUGCCAUCCCGUAUAUAUUCUCGGCGAGGGUGCGAGUCACGUUCCAACUUUGGCCUUAUUCCAUGAAUUACAUCGUAUUCCUGCUUACGUGGGGGGGGAUCCGGGGUCUAUGUGAUUUAGACGGACGGGAAGCAGAGUUGUAUGGUAAUAUUGAAUGGUGGACUGGAGCUAUAAUGGAGGGGAACUGUGCGCCGGAAGAGUUGCAGAAAAUUGUUGUGUUGUUCGUUAUACCAAACACCGCUGGCGUGGAUGAAUGCCAAAAGAUUUCCAACAAGUGCGCAAUACCCAACGUUAAAGUCGAUCUUGCUGGUGACGGGUUUGAGCCAAUCCCUACUCCCGGAAGCGAUUGUGAUCACCCACUCAUUUGCCCGUCGCACCAAAGACCGCUGGCGUUGAGAAAUGCUAAGAUGUUGGCAGCCAUGAGGCCAAAACCGAUGGUGAAGUCGAUCCUGCUCGUGACGGGUAAGAGCCAACCUGCACUCCAGAUAAGGAUCACAAACCUCCAUACGAUAGCAGCUACCACAAUCUGGACCCUUAACGGGAAUCUAUCAAUAGGGUUGCUGACUCCAGAGUCCAUCGUACCGGUCGAGUUGCUGGUUGAAUUCAUUUCUGUCGUCGUCGUCGUCGUCAUCGUUGUUACUGGUCGUGGUCAAAGAACCACGAUAGGAGCAUGGACUCCAACAUAA